AUGCAGAAUGCCGCCGAUGCAGCGUUGAUGAUGAAGGUCAACAUCGACAGCGUUGUAAAUACGGUGCAGACUGCGGCGGCCGGUGUGAUCGAUGCCAAAGGCUCGAUUGUCCUGAUGGGAUCGGCAGAGUUUCCAGGCACGCGGUUCUCGGGUAUGGUCGGUCUGAAGCGAUGGAGCUGGGACCGCUUGGUUGUUCGCGUCAAUAUAGUCGCCCCGGGUACGAUUAGGAUGCCGAUGUAUCAGCCUGAAUUGCUGGGGCCCGGAGGCCGUUCGGAUGGCCAAGGAGCUGGAAGCGAAGACGCCACUACGGAGAGUGGGACAUCCAGAGGAAGUAGCUAA